AUGAUGGUGGUGUUCGAGCUACUCAAUGCAUGUCCGUUAAAGAGCAUGUUGCAAGAUGUUUGCACAUUGUGGGAAAUGAUUUUAGAAAUCAAUUUGUCUCUUGGUUGUUGCUCUAAAUCCACUACAAGUAAGUGCUUCCAUGGAUUUCUCCAAGAAAGUAUAUCACUAGAAAGUCGUUAUAUUCAACAACCAAAAGGUGAUGUUGUACAAAAAGAAAUUCAAGAUAAAAAGCGAUUUUAUCCAUACUUCAAGAAUUGUAUAUGGGCAAUUGAUGGGUCACAUGUUCGUGUCAAAGUACCCAACAAAGAUGCACCUAGAUAUCGUGGUCGUAAGGGAUACCCUACGGUGAUAAUGAUAAAGGAAGAACAAGUUGGUAAGAAAGAACAAACAAAAUGGACAAAUUGGAUGGAUUAUUGUUUUAUUCAAGAUUUGUUGACACAACAAGAUAAUGGAAACAAGAUUAGUAGGACAUUCAUCUCACAAGCGUACACCAACAUGCUAAUUGAAGUGGGUGAGGAAGUGUGGGCCAACCUAAUUAAUUCAAAGCCUGGAGGCAAUUUCAUUGAAGACCAAAAAAAUCACAAACUACAAUGAAAUGAUAGCUUUAUUUGCGAGAGAUAGAGCUUUAGGGCGCAUGUUGAAACCCCGAAAGAGAAGAAUGCUCGAUUGAACAGGACUGGGGAUAUCAAAGUAGAAACGAUUGAAGAAGUUGAUGAGUUGUUGGAAAGAAAUGACAUAACACUUGAGAAACAAUAGAAAUAUGAUGAUGAUGAUGAUGUUCAAGUAUUAUCUCCUACAUGCUUUUCACCGAUGCAAAAUUCAAGUGCAAAGAAGUACAAAAGUAAAAAAGGGAAACAUAGAUAUGAAGAUGAAGAUAAAGUUGAACCUGAACCUGAAUCAUUUGAAAAAGUUAUUAUGAGUGCAUUUAAAUAUGUGGCUUUCGCUAUGAGGGGAGGUAACAAAAUCUUCAAAAACUCUCAUCAUCGGGUGUAUACCGGUGAUGAAGUUUAUAACGAAUUAGAAUCGAUGGAUUUGGAACCCAAUGAAUUAGCAAAAGUUCUCAUGUUUUUGUCGUGAAAUCAAGCUGCUGCGGGGACAUUAUUUAGAGUUCCGUUUAAAAUUUGAAAAGGUUUACUGAAAAAAAGGACAGGUGCAAGUAAAUGACUUAGGAUGAUAGUUUUUGAUUAAUUAUCAGUUUGACUUUGUACUUUUUGAUUUUUGGUUUGACUUCAU